AUGGAUUUUUCUCUACCGCAUUCUUUUUGCUUCUUUCUUCUUCUGCUGCUGCCAUUUUCCACCGAUGGUCAGACAUACAGAAACAUAACUUUGGGCUCAUCUCUCACGGCUGCAAAUGACAACUCUUCUUGGACUUCACCAUCUGGGGACUUUGCUUUUGGAUUCCAACAAAUUGGCGAUGAUGGCUUUUUACUAGCCAUAUGGUUCAACAAAAUACCUGAAAGAACCAUAGUCUGGUCAGCGAAUAGAAAUGAUCUAGUUCAGAGGGGAUCAAGGGUACAACUUACUACAGAUGGUCAGUUGGUCCUAGAUGACCAAUCAGGCACACAAAUAUGGAGCACCAUUAAUUCCGGUGGAAUUGCAGCUUCCUAUGCAGCCAUGCUUGACACAGGAAACUUUGUGCUAGCAAGCCAAUCAGCUGCCAAUUUGUGGCAGAGUUUUGAAGAACCAACAGAUACAAUGCUGCCCACACAGACUCUGAGUCAAGGUCGUGAACUAAUUGCUCCCUACCUAGAAAAGAAUUAUUCAGAUGGAAGAUACAUGUUUGCUCUACAACCUGAUGGGAACCUUUCCCUGUACACCACACGUUAUCCAUCUACUGUCAGUAAUUUUGCUUAUUGGAGUACCCAAAGUUCUAUAGCAAGAAAUGGUACUGUGAUUAAUACUGUAUUCUCUAUACAAGUUUCGAUGCAAGGUUUCUACCAGAGGGCAACCCUUGACUAUGAUGGAGUUUUUAGGCACUAUGUCUACCCAAAGACUGCUGCUUCAAGCAGCAGAAACGGGGAUAUGGCCUGGACUACUUCGUCUUUCGUACCAUCAAAUAUCUGCACGGCCAUUCAAGGACAAGUAGGCAGUGGAGCAUGUGGUUACAACAGCGUGUGCAGAUUAGGAGAAGAUCAAAGACCACGUUGCGAAUGUCCUCCAGGUUACACUUUCGUGGAUCCCAAUGAUUUGAGGAAGGGAUGUAAGACAAACUUUGUUUCACAGGAUUGUGACCAACCAUCGCAAGGAACAGAUGGCUUCGAGUUGGAGGUGAUGCCUAACGCAAAUUGGCCAUUCAAUGAUUAUGAAUUUUUUGGUUCAGUGAGUGAGGAUUGGUGCAGACAGGCUUGCUUGAGUGAUUGCUAUUGCGCUGUUGUUAUUUUCAAUCCUGCUGGACAGUGUUGGAAGAAGAGAAUCCCUCUCUCGAAUGGGAUGAUAGAUCCAGACACUUAUGGAACCAAAGCCCUGAUAAAAGUAAGGAAAGGCAACUCCACUGCAGGUUCAUGCGCAAAGAAGAAUGAUCGAUCAACUUUGAUCAUAACAGGCUCAGUACUUUUAGGCAACUCCGUCUUUCUAAAUGUGAUCUCAUUGCUAGGAAUCUAUGUGUUCUUUUCUCGAAUGAACCGACAAAAAGCAAAAAUGAUCCUGCCACAUAACGUCUUGCCCGAUGUGAAUCUGGUAAGUUUUACUUACAAUGAGCUCGAAACAGCUACUGGAGGAUUUAAGGAAGAAUUGGGAAGUGGUGCUUCCGGAAUUGUUUACAAAGGGCUUCUGGACAAUGAAGAUACACCCCUCGUUGCAGUAAAGAAGUUAUAUAAGAUGAUCAGAGAAGGGGAGCAAGAAUUCAGGACAGAAGUGAAAGUUAUUGGCAGAACAAAUCACAAGAAUUUGGUCCAACUUCUCGGAUUUUGUGAAGAAGGGCAACAGCGACUUUUGGUCUACGAAUACAUGAGCAAUGGCUCCUUGUCAAACUACCUAUUUGGAGAUUCAAGGCCUAAUUGGUACCAAAGAAUGCAGAUUGCCUGUGGUGUAGCAAGAGGUCUCCUUUACCUCCAUGAAGAAUGCAGCUCACAGAUAAUCCAUUGUGAUAUCAAGCCUCAAAAUAUCCUUCUCGACGAUUCUCUUAACGCAAGAAUUUCUGAUUUCGGACUAGCCAAGCUGUUGAAGACAGACCAAACUAAAACAAUUACAGCAAUCAGGGGGACCAAAGGGUACGUAGCUCCUGAAUGGUUCAAGAAACUGCCAGUUACAACCAAAGUAGAUAUUUACAGCUUUGGCAUUCUGUUGCUAGAGCUAGUGUGUUGCAGAAAGAAAUUUGAGCUUGAUGCAAUGGAAGAAGAUCAGAUAGUUCUUGCAGACUGGGCAUAUGAUUGCUUCAAAGAAGAAAAGUUAGACCUUUUAGUACUAGAAGAUGAAGAAGCCAUGGAAGACAUGAGAAGAGUGGAGAGUUUUGUGAUGAUAGCAAUUUGGUGUAUUCAGGAGGAUCCAUCUUUAAGACCUGGAAUGAAGAAAGUUUUACAGAUGUUAGAAGAAGCUGUUCAAGUCCCUAUUCCUCCGGACCCUGCAUCAUUUAUCAGCUCAAUCUAA